AUGGCUUUCCGUCAGCGGAUCAGCAAAAUCAAAGAGGGUGCGAAGGAGAAGAGAAAGCCUUCGGGAUGGAUUCUUCCACAGCAGAAAAGCUCCUUUGGAGACGAAGGCACUUGGACAAACAUCGACAUGGAUGUCACUCCUCUGGAUCGACGAACAUGGACAGCUGUGACCAUGGCUGGGUUUUGGUUCUCAGAUGCGCUGAAUGCUCAGUCCUGGAUGGCUCCCUCUUCCAUCCUCGCUGUGGGGUUGACUUGGCGCGAGGCUAUCGUCUGUAUCAUCUUCGGAAGUCUUUGCUGCACCGUCCCUCUCGUUCUCAACGGAGUUCUUGGAGCUCGUCUUCACGUUCCCUUUCCAGUCGCCAUGAAGUCUUCCUUUGGCUGGUACUUCGCUCGCUUCGCCAUCGUCGUCCGCAUGGCUACCGCUCUCUUCUGGCAUGCUAUUCAGACUUACACAGGAUCUACGGCAAUGACUCAGUGCAUCCGUGCUAUCUGGCCUUCGUAUCUUGACAUCCCCAAUCAUAUACCAGAGUCAGUUGGAAUCACCACUCAACAAAUGGUCAGCCACGUCAUCUUCUGGUCUGUCCAGUUCCCGAUUCUGCUUACUCCUCCACACAAACUUCAAUGGUUCUUCAUCUUUAAAUUUGUGGUGGUAACAAUCACCUGUGUUGCAACCGUCAUCACCAUGACCAAGAAAGCCGGCGGUUCAGGUGACAUCUGGAAACAAGAAUACGGUGUGUACGGUGCCAAGCGCUCCUGGCUGAUCCUCUCCUCCCUUUCAUCCAUCACUGGAGGCUGGGCAACAAUGGCAACCAACAUCCCAGAUUUCACUCGCUACCUGAAAAAAGAACAAGGCGUCUACUGGCAAGUUCUCUUCCUCCCACUUAUCCAGCUGGUCCUUGGUCUCUUCGGUAUCAUCAGCACCAGUUGCGCCAUGGUCGUCUACGGCGAAUACAUCUGGGACCCUCUCACUCUCGCCGCUCAAUGGGACGGCCCUUCAGGUCGAGCAGGAGCUUUCUUCGUCGGCUUCGCCUGGGUCGUCGCUCAAAUCGGAACCAACUUGUCCGCUAACGUCAUCUCCUGCGCCAACGAUAUGACCUCUCUCUUCCCCAAAUACAUCAACAUCCGGCGCGGUGUGAUCAUCACCACCAUUACUGCAGGUUGGAUCAUGGUCCCCUGGAAGAUCAUCCACAGCGCUGCCUCGCUCCUCUCCUUCAUGGCCGGUUUAGGUAUUUUCCUCGCUCCAAUUGCAGCUAUCUGUGCAGCCGAUUUCUGGAUCACUAAAAAAACACAUAUCGAUGUCCCGGCUUUGUAUAAAGCACACGGUCGCUACAGAUACAACAAAUAUGGCACUAAUUGGCGCGCCGUCAUUGCUUUCCUCAUUUCUGUCGUGCCGAACAUCCCCGGCAUGGCAGCUUCCGUCAAUCCGAAAGUCGACGCUGGUGGCGCGAAGUACAUUUACUACAUGUUCUAUAUCUGGGGAUUCACGAGCGCGUUCACGACUUACAGUUUGUUGAACUAUUUCUGGCCAGACGCAAGUACGCUUAUACCGGAGACCAUUCAUGGUGAUGAGGCGUUGUAUGAUGCUGAUGGGGAGGUGGUGGAUGCUGUUGAGGAGACCGGCAGCGAGAAGGGGAGCGGGGAUUUGGGAAGCGAGAAGAAGGCUGUGACGAGCAAGGAUUAUCCGAUCUAG